CACAACAUUAGCUCAGAAGAAAAGCCAAACAAAAAAUAAAAACCCUAAAUUUGUUAUCCCAAAUUAAGACCCUAUUUUUCAUUUUCGUUUUUAUUAUUUUCUGUUUUGAUUCUCUUGUUUUCUCUGUUUUCGACUCUCUCUGUUUUGUUUUCAGGAAGAGAAAAAAAAAUUAAUUUCCGAAACGACGCCGUCUUGAAGCAGAAUUCUGGGGCCUCGAGUGUCGUUUUAGCUAGCGAAGCUGUGAAUAGUUGUUUCAUUUAGGAGUGUUUUUAUCUGGGUUAGAGUAGAUUAAGGUUUUGUUGUUGAUGUGCUGUUUUGUUUUGAGUUCUCUAAUGGUUGGUUUUGUGUUGUGAAAAUUAGGGUUUCACAUCUCUCUUUUUUCGUCAUUUCAGGCUGCGAAGUAAUCUCUUAUUUCUAGUUGAGAAGGUGAUUUUUAGUUGGAAAAGAUGUCGUCUCCAUAUCCAAUUCUUGACAAUAAACCAAUUGACCAGUGGAAGGUUACAGAAUUGAAAGAAGAGCUAAAGAGGCGGAAGUUGAAAUCAAGUGGUAAGAAGGAGGAGUUGAUACGAAUGUUGGAUAAUGCCAUUCGCAUUGAACGGGAAAAGGCUGCAAAGGAAGCAGAAGCCGAUAAUGGUGUUAAUAGUGUUACCCAACCAGUUGUUGGUGUAAAAGAUGCAGAGAAAGUGCCUGUUGAUACUGGAAUCGCUAAAGAUGUUGUGAUUGUUGGUAGUAAAGAAAAUGAAAAGGUGGAUAAUGUCGUGGUUCAGCUUGACAUGAACAGUAGUGCUGCUGCAUUGGGUCAAGGAGAGGUUGAAAACAUAGAAUUAGCGGGUAAUAGUAACAAAAAUGAUGCUGCCUUAGGUCAAGAGAAAAUCCAAGAAAGUGACAUAACAGGUGAUACCAACCCUCCUAGAGUGGAGGAGGAGCUGGUUAUCCGUAAAACUACUGUGGAGACCAGCACUACAGUUACUAAGAGUUUGGUUACUGAAUUAGCUUUUAGUGGGCAAGAGUUGCAUAACUCUGGAACACCGGGAGAGAGUUUGAAUUCAAAUGUUCAGCUGGAGAUUGAGGAUCCAAAGCCCCAGCUGGAGAAUGAGGGUUUAAAGCCUCUGCACAAGGAUGACAUUCUUGACACCGCUGCUCCGGAUAAUCAGGUAUCUGAGGUCAGCGCUAAUUUAGGGUCUCAAGUAAAAUCUGAUUCUAUUUCUACUGAUUCUGUGUCAAUUAAUGAAAAGAUUGAACUAAAGGAUAAUAUAAUUGCUGAUAAUGUCAAAUUAGAACAAGAUGUUAUUAAGCAGGAGAUGGUGGAACCAUCAUCUAGCAAUAUUGUUCCAGUUGGUGGUGAAUCACAUCCAAUGGAUGUUGAAGAGCCACUUGAGAGGAAGGCAUCUAUUGAGGAGAGAGAUGACAGCAAUGCUACAAUUGCAGACAUGGGCAAGAAAAAUGAUAGUGCAGAUGUGGGUUAUUCAGAAAAGUUAAAUUUAGAUCGAAGCUCUGGUGACGACUCUAUGGAGGAGGAUGUCCUGGAGAGUAAACAAAUUGAUUCAAAGGAUAGUUUUGAUGAAGUGAGGGACAGAAGUGAGAAAGAUGAAGUGUCUGUUGUGAAAGAGGAUAGUCCUGUUGAUGUUGUCGGAGAUGGUUUGUCUGAUGACAAAAAGGAUGUUCAAGUUGAGAAUAAGAGUCGUCCAGUUGUGGCUGCUGAGAAAAGAAAAAUUAAUGAUCAAGAAACAGUGGGAAGCAAUGAGCCUUUGAAGAGGCAACGCAGAUGGAACUCUGAAAGCCUCAAGCUUCCAGAACAGCAGAGUUCUAAUCUUACACCUACCACCACGCCGAGGGACACAUUUCAAUCUAGUGCUUCGAAACGGAACCUCUCUAGAUCCGAUUCGGCAGUCAGUGAUGAUACACCCAAGGAACGUGUGGUUCCACCUUCACCUAAACCUCCAACUAAUUCCCUCAGGAUUGAUCAUUUUGUGCGUCCUUUUACUCUAAAAGCUGUGCAUGAGCUUCUGGGCAAAACUGGAACUUUCACCAGUUUCUGGAUGGACCAUAUCAAGACCCAUUGCUAUGUUACUUAUACAUCAGUUGAUGAAGCCAUGGAGACACGUAAGGCUUUGUAUAACAUACAAUGGCCUCCAAAUAAUGGUGGACGCCUGCUGGUGGCUGAGUUUGUGGAUCCCCAGGAAGUGAAAAUGCGAGCAGAAGCUCCUCCUCAGUCGCCAGCUGCACCCACCCCUCCCGCUCCAGCUCCACCUGCCUCGCAGCCCCAGCCCUCACCCCGUCAACCAGCUCCCAGACAGCAGCUCCCACCACCGCCAACUCUUCCACCACCACCACCACCCGUAUCCAACCCAGCCCCAGCUAGAGAACGCUUCACUCUUCCACCCCCUCCCCCACUCCCAGAAAAAAUUGACCCACCAAUCGUGACUCUGGAUGACCUAUUUCGCAAAACCAAAGCGACUCCUCGCAUCUACUACUUGCCUCUAUCAGAAGAACAAGUUGCGGCAAAAGUUCAAUCGCGGAGUAAAAACACCAAGCAGUCUGCAGGUGUUACUACUACAUGUAGGAAGGAAUUGUUCCAGCCAAGCUUGGGGAUCUUGUUCGUUGAUGGAUUUCGAUUUGGGUUUUCCGAAGGCUGUGCCUGCCUGAGGCUUAUGUUUUAUUUAGUGUUAGAAACCUCCUCCCCCUACAAAGCUGAGAGCUUCUGUGGUGUCGUGUGUCUUGUUUUUCUGUUGAACCAGAAUUCCAAGUUUUAUGAACUUCUUGUGAUGUUGUUAGAUCAUAUUUCUAACUUUUGGAUGAUAUUUUCUUUCCCCUUUAAGUUUGGUCUUCAUUGUAGAUUCUGCAACAACUUUGAUUAACCAGUGUACUAGCUUUUUGAACUGCU